UGCCUAGCUUGAAAGCUAACAAAUCAACACAAAGCGAAAACACAAAAAAUCGUUCUGGCAAUUAAAUCUGCAAUAAAUAAAUUAUUUUUAAAAUCAUAUUUUGAAUAUUAAUACACGAGGUGCAUCUGAGGGGUAUUGCAGAACUGUGGAUAAAGGUACAAUGGCUUUAGUAUCAGCAGACACCAAAAUCGCAGAGUUGCUCAAUGAGCUGCAUCAGCUCAUAAAACAAACUCAGGAGGAACGAUCACGGAGUGAACACAACCUUCUGAACAUCCAGAAAACACAUGAAAGGAUGCAGACGGAAAAUAAGACAUCUCCAUAUUAUCGGACAAAACUGAGGGGUCUUUACACUACAGCUAAAGCAGAUGCGGAGGCUGAAUGUGGUAUACUAAGACGGGCCCUUGACAAGAUUGCUGAAAUUAAAUCCCUUUUGGAAGAGAGACGAAUUGCUGCCAGGAUGGCAGGAGUGUACAGUGACACUGACCCACCAAGAAAGACCAUGCGCAGAGGUGUUCUCAUGACCCUGUUGCAACAGUCAGCUAUGACCCUCCCACUCUGGAUUGGAAAACCUGGGGAGAGUCCACCACCACUAUGUGGCGCUAUUCCAGCCAGCAGUGAUUAUGUGGCUAAGCAGGGGGACAAGGUGGCGGCACGUGUGAAGGCAGUGGAUGGUGAUGAGCAGUGGAUUCUCGCGGAAGUGGUCAGCUACAAUCACUCCACCAACAAGUAUGAAGUGGAUGACAUUGAUGAAGAGGGUAAAGAGAGACACACAUUGAGUCGGAGGAGAAUCAUCCCUCUCCCACAAUGGAAAGCAAACCCAGAGACGGACCCAGAGGCUCUCUUCAGUAAAGACCAGCUGGUGCUGGCCCUCUAUCCACAGACCACUUGUUUUUAUAGAGCCUUGAUCCACACACCACCACACCGGCCUCAGGAUGACUACUCUGUGCUGUUUGAAGAUACAUCUUAUGCUGAUGGCUAUUCUCCACCCCUUAACGUCGCCCAGCGAUAUGUUGUGGCCUGCAAAGAGAACAAAAAGAAGUAAUGGAAAAGAUUCAAAAGGAAGUGAUGGAAAAGAUUUAAAACCUGACAAAGAUUAUAUAAUAUGGGAGAACAUUUGUGAAGAGUGCCUGGGCUGAGGUUUAUGCAUGAUUAUGGCAAUUAUCAUAAGGAGUGAAAUCAGCAUAUUGUGCAUCUACUCUGUUUAUAUGUGCUUUUUUUCUGUUACCAUGUAAAUAGUGUUGGUAUACUGCAACUUUUUUUAUUAUGUUCUUGUGGGUGUGGUCACCCACUGCAGGU